AACUAACUUCGUUUCUAGCUUCGUCUGGCGGUCUCGGUCUACUUCCAUCGUCGUCCAUCGUUCGUGCACCUCAAUUCUAGGAGAUUUGCAGAUCAACGGUUAAAUAUUCAACCUCAGCUUGCGACCAACGCAAAAUGCAGAAGUACAAUGGAGGAAAUGAGGGUCCCUCUACUUUUCUCCGGGCAUGUGCAUUCCUUAUACUACAUUCCCUUUAUUGCCAAACUGAUUUCAUCUAUAGACUUAUUAGCAAUCGCUACCACAAUCAUCAUCAUUCUCGCAUGGUCUAAACCGCAAGCUACGGCACUAGAAUAUAAGUUUGUGCACUCACCUUUGCUCCAGGUUUCGAGUCCUCUUCCCAUUUUCCGAUAACAUAUUGAAGUACCCCGAACAGCGGCGAGGUAGGUGGAUCAUAAGCGUCUGGAUCGACUCAAAUUCGCACUCUCUACACUUUCACAUAUCAUCCAGAGUAUCAAUAUCGCACCAAAGCACCUCAGACAGUGGUGAGCAGGCGUGCACAGACUUCUGUCCGGACACUGUACAACACCAAACAUCUGCACAAUCUUAAAGCAUAUCCGAGAAGGCAAAUCUACCACUCUGCCUGUACGCAAUCCUCCGCGAACCUCUCUCGACAUGGUCAUUCCCAUCUUUCGUUUUACGCCCUCGAAUGAAGUUAAGCC